CCGAUCAUGCACGACUCGGUCGGGGCCAUCCUUGUUGUUGUGCUCCUCUGGCUUGUCAUCAGACUAGCUUUCGGUGGAUCGUCACAGAGUAGCGGACAGAGUGCGCACGGCCAAAGCAACGCAAGGGGAGCAGGUGCGACGGGGGGAGCGGGAACGAAAGAGUCGGCGGCAGCAGUUGCAUGGCGAGAGUCAAGGAAUGAGAGGGAGAGACAACUGAAGGAAAGGAAGCAGGCCAUGUUGGAAAGCGCUCGUAGGUGAGUCUCGUUGAUUCUUCCCGCCAGGAGAGGGUAUCUCUCCGUCCCAUGCCAACCUCCUGUCCAAGCUUGGAGGGCAGCCGGAGAGAGAGAGAGAGAGAGAUACUAAAGAGAAAUUCACCUCAAACAGACGGAUGUUAGAGAAAGCCGACGAUACCCCCUCGAAGCCGGAAGCAUCGUCUUCACGCCUCGCCUGAGCACCUUUCUUUCUC